GUACCUGACGGGUGGCAGCAUCGGAUUCAAGGGGCACUUUCUUUCAUCAGGAGGCUUUUGACAAAAUGGACAUCAGGAUGCCUAAAGGUGACCCCAAGAAACCAAAGGGCAAGAUGUCUGCUUAUGCCUAUUUUGUUCAGACUUUCAGAAAAGAACAUAAGAAGAAAAAUCCAAAAGUUCCUGUCAAUUUUGCAGAAUUUUCCAAGAAGUGCUCUGAAAGAUGGAAGACAUUGUCCGGGAAAGAGAAAUCUAAAUUUGAUGAAAUGGCAAAGGCAGAUAAAGUACGGUAUGAUCGGGAAAUGAAGGAUUAUGGACCAGGUAAGCGAGGCAAGAAGGACCCUGAUGCCCCCAAAAGACCACCGUCUGGAUUCUUGAUGUUCUGUUCAGAAUUCCGCCCGAAGAUCAAGUCCACACAUCCUGGUAUCUCUAUCGGAGAAGUGGCGAAAAAUCUGGGUGAGAUGUGGAAAAAUUUAAGUGACCGUGAAAAGCAGCCGUACAUCACUAAGGCUGCAAAGCUGAAGGAGAAAUACAAGAAGGAUGUUGCUGACUACAAGUCAAAACGAAAGUUUGGUGGCACAAAGGGCCCCGCUAAAGAUGCUGGGGAAAUGGUAGAAGAAGAUGAUGAAAAGGAGGAGGAAGAGGAGGAAGAAGAGGAGGAUGAAUAAAAAAGCUGUUUAUCCGUCUGCUUAUGAAUACCUUGGAGUAUCGGAGCGCCGUCUGUGAUUGACACAUCUUAUUUAAGAUACGUCUGUUACUCUCUUUAGUUCAAUUAUAGAAUUUGAUCACAAUCA